AUGGCGCACGACCGAAUGAAGGCUAUACACCAUACAAUACUGUGCGACUUCAUGAACAACAUUGGAUUCAUGGUGCUCGGAAACCAUCACAUACCCAUUGACCCUAGAGAGCUCCGUCCCUUUAGUGACCCGGAUGGGAACGUUGCUUUCGUCGGAUAUGUCAACUACACCAUUGCCACUUUCAGAGCCACAAAGCCCAUCUCUGCUGGCGAGGAAAUUCGGAUGUGUCGUCCAUCGUAUAUAUGUCGCUGCCCACUUUGCUCCGUCCCGCCUCCACCACUCGCAGCCUUACCACUUGAUCCCGCCACUGGCAGUGCCGCUAGUGUCGCGAACGUCGAUGGAGAAGAACACCGGGAACACGACGGGCAUGAGGAUGAUGACGAUAGCGAGGAAGAUGAUGAAGACGAGGAAAGCGAGGAAAAUGAGGGAACAGACGUUGAACAUCUCAAAGAAAGCAAGGGUAAAGCCAAAGCCAAUGACACUGACACCAACAGUCACAACGGCGAGGGCUCCAGCAGAUUCAAAGAUGAUAUACAGAUCAGGUCACAGGCCCAAGAGGCGGACUCGGAUUCCAUUACACCUGCUCCACCUGCUCUGGAGCCUGCAGAGCCGAAAACCCUCGAUCCACUCAGGAUGAAUCCAACCAGCCAGUUUACUGGAAAUCAGCAGCAGAAAAAAGCCGCAGAAUCUAAUAGCGGUGGUGAUACACAACAUGUCGAAGAUGUCGCCAACAACGAUGGCACAGGAUCGACGAAGGGAAAGGAGACGACCCAAGACAAGAAGCCGAGCCGCAGGGCCAGACUCAAAGAGGUUUGGAAGAGAGCCUUUGGAAAAAGUGACAAGCCUGAGGGCGGCCACCACGAGGUCAGCCACAACAAGGAUAAUCAAACCGAGGACCGCCGAAUCGAGGACAACCGACCCGGGGUUAAACGGCCCGGCAUGAGCGACCGCUGA